AUGAUUUCUGAGAUGUGGUCCUUCCGCCUUCAAAUAACCACUGGUUGGAUUCCUGUACAGGCGCAGCCGCAGUCUGGGCCCGAGUAUUCUGAUUCUGAAUUCUGGGAUUGGGUUGUUUCUACCACAUGUAGCACUCUGCAGAGGCUGGUUGAUCGACUGGAAGCAGUUCAUCCGCAUAUCGGCACCCUCGACGUGUCCAUCGUCCUUGAGAAUUCACCAGGAAAACAGAGAGCCUCCGAGGCCGUCCAACUCAUUCUUCAGCCUCUCAUGCGGCUCCGGAAUGUUUUAGAGGCCCAUGUCCGUUCGAUUGAUUGCUCUUUCACCUCUCCAACUGAGCGGCCGGUUGAUCUCCUGAACUCCCCAGAAGAGAACCAAACAUGGCGGGAGGUGGAUGACUAUGUCUACGUCGUGAGGUCGAGUUACGUUAAACCGCAGAAUGGCAGAAGCGAACACAUCAGAUUUGGACAGAUAUCCGGAAAUCCUGGAGGUCCGCCAAAGAAGGCUGAUCACCUGGUCGAUGCUCAUGUGACAUCUACGAGGUAG